AGGAAGGUCGGAUGGCCUCUGGCGCCCGGGUCAGAGUUGAGGCACGGUUACUAUGGCGGCGCUGACAGUUGUCUGCAGGCCGCUAGCCCUGUGGCGGGUUGCCGGCGCUCUGGUUACUGCCAGCCCGGGGAGGUGCAGCUCGGCAGCCGGGAGCGGCUUCGCUGCGUUUGGGAGCCGAGGCGGGAAGCGUGAGGCAGCGGGGCCGCCUGUCGGGAGAGGUUACAGUGAAAGCGCAACGGAAUCCGAGCUGCGAGUGCAUCACCUGGAGGUGGAGUCGGCAGGUAUUGUUGUAUUUGGAAUAAAUAGACCACAGUCCAAAAAUGCUAUCAGCAGGAACCUUGUAGAAAUGAUGGCAGCAGCAAUAGAAGAAGUGAAACAUGAUAACAGUGUUCGGACAGUUAUAUUGCGCAGUGAGGUACCUGGAAUAUUUUGUGCAGGUGCUGAUUUGAAGGAAAGAGCAAAAAUGCAGCCCAGCGAAGUUGGUCCGUUUGUUUCCAAGGCCAGAAGUUUAAUUAAUGAACUCGGUAAUCUUCCAAUGCCCACAAUUGCUGUACUUGAUGGAGCUGCCUUGGGAGGAGGUCUAGAAAUGGCUCUAGCCUGCGACAUACGCGUAGCUGCUUCCUCUGCAAAAAUGGGACUUGUUGAAACGAAAUUGGCAAUUAUUCCUGGUGCAGGUGGCACACAACGCCUCCCUCGCACUGUAGGAGUAUCCAUGGCAAAGGAACUUAUCUUUUCUGGACGAGUGGUUGAUGGCACUGAAGCGAAAACAAUUGGUCUGGUCAGUCACGUUGUGGAACAGAAUGAAGCUGGAGAUGCAGCCUAUCACCGAGCAUUAUCCCUUGCAAAAGAAUUUUUACCUCAGGGACCUAUUGCAGUGAGAUUAGCAAAACUAGCCAUCAACCAAGGCAUGGAGGUUGAUUUGAAAACAGGGUUAGAAAUAGAAGAAGCUUGUUACGCUCAGGUGAUUCCAACAAAGGACCGAAUUGAAGGAAUUACCGCUUUCAAAGAAAAACGACUACCCCGCUACACUGGGGAGUAAAGGUACACAUCAGAAGCAGCAUGUACAACGGGAAGAAAAUAUUACUAUUUAUGGUGUUUUCUAUCUACGGUAUUCAGAUGCUACGAUGAAAUACUGUUCAACAGCCAUAAGCGUAUUAUCUCAAGAAAAAUGUGCAGACCUACUGUACAUUUUACUGCAUAUUAAACAUUUGCUGUUAUACAAAUUCUUUGGGAGUCAUAUAUGCCCUAUUUUAUGAAGCAUAAAUAUUGCAACAGAAAUCUAUUUCUCCUCAUGAUUCAGAAAUAAUUUUAAACAGUUGCAAAUGUGAAGAAUGUAAGAAUAAGAAUUGGCAUAUUUAGACCUUGAAUAUGUGUCAAUAGGAUUGUAGCUGGUUUAUAUUCCAACCCCAUAUAAACAUGUUGUGAUGAUAUUUGCACCUUGUUUUGAAUGAAGGGGCAUGAACGAUUUAUCACCCUGUGUAUCAUUAAUGUAGCUUUGUUAAAAUGUUAAUCAGGUUUUACAAGAGUAUUGAUUUCAUAGAUCAAAACAUUUUAAACAUAUUUCCUUAAAAUCUGAUUGUUAUGGAUAAACAUAUAAUUCAGAAUGUCUAAACAAACUUUUUAAAAUUUGAAAAUGGAGCAGAGUUGUCAACAUUGAUAGGAAGAAAUGUGAUUUUAUAUGACAAUACAAUAAAUAACUUUUAUGCAAAGUA